AUGAUCCUGCAGCAGAUCCUGCGUCUCUCCUCCGUGCUGCGCGCCGCCGUCUCCGUGCACUUGCGCAGGAAUAUCGGCCUCUCGGCUGUCGCCUUUAACAGGGCCAAGGAGCUCGACCCGGUACAGAAGCUGUUCUUGGACAAGAUCCGGGAGUACAACACGAAGAGCAAACAGGCUGGGGGACCUAUUGAUGUGGGCCCUGAGUUUCAGAAAGACAUGAAUGAAUCCCUUGCUAGACUCCAGCGGAUGUAUGGUGAGGGAGAUCUAACCAAGUUUCCAGAAUUCAAAUUUGAGGGUGAGUAA